AUGGAAUAUCCUCCCCAGUAUCAGCAGCCUCAUGGCCAGCAUCCACAUGCUGCGUCACAUAUGCCUGGACCAUACCAGGCUGCGGCACAGAAUGCUGGCCCGCCUGUCGGAUCAAUGGCUUCGCCUACCAAUCCGCAGGCGCACAUCCAACAAGCUCACCCGACACAGACUUCCCCCAUUGUUACACCGCAAACACACUACCAACAGACUCAGAGCAAUGCCGGCCAAGUUCAUCAGCAGAUGAACUUUCCUCAGUCUUAUGGUGUUACCACGGCGAUUCCCCAGACGUACGGUAUCUCGCCCACCCAGGCGGCCGCAAUGGCGACAGCUGUGGCCUCGGGACAGUUCUACCCUCUGCACCAGGAUUCUUUGACCGGUCAGAUGGCCCAAGGCCCUCGCGGGUCCCCGCGUAUGGCUGGCGUGCAGGUAAAAAAUGAACGCAAUCCUCGAUCGCCACCCCAGAUUCCCGGACAAAUGCCUCCCAUGACGUCUUCAGUGCAAAUGCCGCAGGGUUCUCAGAUGCAACAGCGUCGAAUGAGUCACGUGGGUAGUCCACACGUUCAGAGUGCACAACCAGUUCUUAACCAUGUUGGCCGACCUUCGGUGCCACCAUCGAUGCCGCCGCCUCCUCCUCCCGUGCCGCAAACGUCCCCAGAUAUGAUGACUGGCACCGCAGAAGAAUCCCCUCUCUAUGUUAACGCGAAACAAUUCCAUCGCAUCUUGAAGCGACGAGUGGCCCGCCAAAAGCUGGAGGAGCAGUUGCGUUUAACAUCGAAAGGCCGUAAGCCAUACCUGCAUGAGUCACGACAUAACCACGCCAUGCGGAGGCCCCGUGGCCCUGGCGGUCGGUUCUUGACGGCUGACGAGGUGGCCGCUAUGGAGAAAAGGCAAGCUGCCGCUGCCGGGCAAGAGAACUCGACCAAUCAUGUGAAAUCGGCAGAAGAGAGUCAGGGAUCCGCCCAAAAGCGAAAAUCAAGCGACGCUAAUGAUGAGAACGAUAGUGUGACCAAGAAGGCUAAGACAGCGAGCGGGGACGGGAGUACACCUGAAUCUGCGGAGCCUUCGGAUGAGGAUGGUUGA